AGAAAGUUUAUUACAUAAGCGAAUUGCAGAUGUUUAUUGGCGAAGUGAUGUUCUGGUUGUUUUCAACAAAACCACGCAAGACUGUUUAUGCGAAUUGUGGCGAGUGCAAGGUGCAUUUGUUCACGAGAAGGCUCCUACGAUUCAUCGCUGUUUUCCUAUGUGGUGCUCUCGUAGUUCAAAUCUUCGUCGAUACGAUCAAACUGAUGACGGGAUAUCAACGGCCAUACUUUCUUUCGUUAUGCAACCACUCGCCGUCUCCUUCGCCAAAUUUGGCAUGCAACUUCCGAGGAGCCGAUGAACUGCGAUAUGCAUGGCUCACGUUUCCUUCACUUCAUGCAGCAUUCUCCAGUUAUUCGGCCAUUUUUGCUUCGGUGAGUCUUCAGGAGUUUCUUUUUGAAAUCUGAGU